CUCUGAGAAAAAAUAUUCAUACCUGCAAGAGCACAUCUAAAUUAGUUUCAUGAACUUUUGAUAAUAAUUUUAAACGAAUCUUAUAGAGGUGUUAUAAAAUAGGAAUUAACCCAAGUUUGGGGGCUUUUUAUCUUCGGAUAUCAUACAGUUGUAAUUUAACCAAACACUCAUGCAUUUUUUGAGAUAUUGUUCAUGCAUGUAAGAAUAUUUGUGAAUACACCCAGUUUUUAUGAAAGUGUUUGUAUACUAUGCCAAUAAGUUCUUUAUGAUUUGAAAUCACGUUUUAGAACAGAAACGAGCAUGGUAAAAAUAAUUAAAAAACAUCUAUAUACGAGUACCACAGGCCUGUUUUACAAGUCGUUGAUAAGUUACAAGUUGUUUUAAAUGAUAUUGAUUUGUGCAAUACUAAUCGUGUAUUGCAUGGUUAGAAAAGGGGGUUAAGUACCUCCCACACUUCACUUCCCAAAAAAUAACACGUAUUGCUCUUCCUUCCUUCUCCUUUCUUUCAUAAAUGCUUUUUAAACACUACAGUUUCCAAGUAACACAUUUUCACUGAUAAAAUUUCCCAAACGUGCACUGUAUAUAAAGGGCGAGCAAGCUUUGAUGAGACAAUUCAGACAAACCAAGCCAUGAAGUCUACAAUUAUUUUUUUGGUCGCACUGGUUGCGCUAUCGUAUUCUUCACCACUUCACGGAGAUGAAGGAUUAGCGAAAGAAGAUGAAUUAUCCUACGAACAACAAGAUUAUAAAGCGUACUACAAAGGACCCCCUGGUCCUAAAGGCAUGAAAGGAGAUCAAGGCGAGAAAGGAGAUCAAGGGAGGAAAGGACCAGUUGGUCCUAAGGGACAACCAGGUCCUCCUGGACCACCGGGUCCGAAGGGAGAUAAAGGUUAUCCGGGUCCACGGGGUCCAGAGGGACCUCAAGGCCCUCCUGGUCCUAAAGGCGAUCACGGUGAAAAAGGUGCUCCAGGUAUGAAAGGUCCCCCAGGCCCAGAUGGUCCAACUGGACCUUCAGGUCCACCAGGUAAAGAUGGAGAACCAGGUGAGCCUGGAAAAGAUGGAGAACCAGGACCACCAGGUCCAACUGGAGAUAAGGGCGAUAAGGGAAUGAAAGGUGACAAGGGUAGCCCUGGUGAAGAUGGUGAUCCAGGACCACCAGGACCCAAGGGAGACCAAGGUGAUCCAGGGCCGCCUGGUCCUCCAGGUCAACCUGGCAAAGAUGGACGUCCAGGACAAAAAGGAGAUCAAGGACCACCUGGACCUCCAGGCCCUCGAGGACCUCAGGGAAAUGAAGGACCACCAGGACCACGUGGGCCUAAGGGAAUGACUGGACCACCAGGACCACCUGGUCCACCAGGACCUCGUGGUCCACCAGGACCACGGGGACCACCUGGACUGUCAAACUGUAGACUUGUGACAGGAGCUGGCUCACAAUUGCAAUGCAAGUCCAAUGAAGUUGGUUUAGGUUGUAACAGUUCUUGUGGUAAGGUCUGGCGCUCUGAUGUCAGAACAUGCAAACACAAAUGCUAUGGUGCUUACAUUCGAACCCAGAUGAUCUGCUGCCGUGUUGGAGGAUAUUAAACAAACAAUAUGUUCUUUAUGAGUUCAUUUUGUUAAGAUAUUAUGAUUGAAAUA